AUGGCUUGGGCUGACAAUCUCGAAGCAGAUGUUAAGCUCCAGCCCAGCAGUCCCCGACCACGGCAUGUUUUGCUGUUGCUGGUGCUAGCAUCCAUCCUCGGUACCAUUGUAUUUUAUCUGGCUCUGGGAGUUCUUUUACUUUGCUAUUCUUCAGAUGCUUCUCCGCUACUGGCCGUCAUCACCACAAGCUCGCGGUUGAAUGACCAGUGGAGUUAUUGGUCGCCCUUUUACGCUGUCUCGAAGAGUAGCAUUGCGCUUUUUGAAAAACCCAAAGGUCUCAACGUUGUCGCUGUCGUGAGCUAUAGGAGUCUCGAGCGGACCUCCGUUUUGGACUGUUAUCUUCAGAGAAAUCUCGUCGAGAAUGGCGGUCUAUUAGACGAGGUUGUGUUCAUUCCGGAGACCGCCGAGCCGAUGCAUCUCGAAUGGCUUGACGAGACGGUGAAUAAAUCGGACUCUUAUUCCAUCCAGCCUUCUUGGCAGGAACUGCCCUUUUUGAACAAUGACGGCGAAAGUAAUAAGAGCCAUCAUCUAUAUGUUAAAAUCGACGGAGACGUGGUAUAUAUCGAGGAUAAUGUGAUCCCAACAAUUGUCAAUACGAAACUGCAGCAUCCAAAAAUGACCCUGGUAUCUGCCAAUGUUAUUCACCAACCAGCAGUCGCGAAAUUCCACCGACGGCCUGGGGUAGUUGUGCCCCAGCUGUUUGAUUUUGACUCAUGGACAGCAAGCACUUCAUAUGAACAGGACAAUCAGCGUGAACCGACUCUGCUGUAUUGGAAAAACGUGCUUACAAUGCAAUGGCAGGGAUGGUUGCGCCGUGCGGGCAGACUUCCAGGGUCGGCUGAUGCUUUUUCAACACCAGCAGCAUCGGCAUCGCUACUAGGUGACACUGAAAGAUAUGCCUGGGUAGCCCAGGCCCAACAACAUAACUCAUUCCUACAUCAUCUCGAGCGCGGGGAUAUGGAUUUGCAACGAUACAAGUUCCCGCUGUGGAUAAAUCCACCGGAAGAGGUCUCCGGUGCAUUUGUUUGCGCUACUAGAGCCGAUAUGACUGCUUUGAUGACUACAAGCGAGAAGGAUGGUAGCAACUUGUCGACGCAGUUGCUGAAGAAACAUACGAUAAUUGAUGGUAAGGGAGUCGUAUCGCAUUAUGACGGCAUAGCGGGCUUGGACGGAUUGGAUUCGACCAAUGUGCUUGGUCGGUAUCGAAGCUAUGCUGAGGAGAAUGUCUGUCCGAAGCGGGACAGCUGA